ACGACAUCAUCCACCCACCGCAAAAUGGCCACCCAACAGCAGACGUUGAAGCUCCCUUCAGAACGUGGUCGAGAAGAGCCAAUAUACAAGCCCGCCGUCCAACCAUGCAGCGACAUCAAAAACUCCGCCACGUUCAUCUUUCUCCACGGCCUGGCCGAUAGCGCAGAAGCCAUUCAGAAUGUCGCCGACCAGUUCCAGCAAGGCGGCAAGCUGUCCUGGAUGAGCUGGGUCCUUCCCAAUGCCAAGUACAAUAUGGAUGCUAUGGACACGGCGUGGUUUAUACCGCACCCGCUGCCGACGCUUGCGCCGUCGCGCCCUGAGCUGGCUCCCGACGAUGAUGAAGAGGGCAUGCUUGAAACGGUCGCGUACUUGGAAUCGCUGAUCGAUGCUGUCGUGGAGUCCGGCGUCCCUCUUAACCGUAUUGUCUUGGGCGGCUUCAGCCAGGGUUGCGCCAUGAGCCUGCUCACGCAUCUUACAUCAUCAAAGUACAGUGGCAAGCUUGCAGGGAUUGUGGGCUUACUGGGCUUCCUCCCGUUGUCCGAUGGCAAGCAGCGGAUACAAGAGCUGCGCGAGGAGCAUGGUCUUCCGCGUUUGAUUGAAGACGAUGUGCCUGUCUUCCUGGGCAGAGGCACCUCAGAUGCGCUCAUUGCUAAUCGGAUCUGGAAUUACUCGCUCAAGGGGCUGACGGAGUUGGGUUUGAAGGAGAGUCAAAGCGAGGUGCAUACCUAUCAGGGCCUAACGCACACCAUCAACGGCGCGGUGCUGCGUGAUGUGUGUGUUUGGUUGGAGAAGGUGGUGCCAUCUCUGGAAAGCUAGAAGUAAUCUUAUGACGAGUCAAACUAUAG